UUCUCAUGCUCACCAACAUAGAAUAACUGAAUAACAUUUACAAUUUCAAAUAUACAUGCAUACACACAUACGUUUGAUUGUUUACUGUAUCUCUCGUUUCAUUUCAAUCAAAUCGCUGGGGCUUUUCUCUCUCCACAAUCUCACAAUACAUUCAUCUCUCUCUGAUAAACACAUUGUUACAACAUUGAUUUGUUUGAUUGUAUUUGAUCGGUGAUCAAUGGAGGCGAUUGAGGAAUUGGAGCAAUUGUCGGAUUCAAUGCGCCAAGCGUCGGCGGUGCUGGCCGAUGAAGACGUCGACGAGAACUCGCGCCGCCAAUCGACGUUUCUCAAUGCGGUUGCGCUGGGCAAUACGGGUGCAGGUAAAUCAGCUGUUUUAAACAGUCUAAUAGGACAUCCUGCUUUGCCUACUGGUGAAGGAGGUGCCACUCGUGCUCCUAUAUGCAUUGAUCUAAAGAGGGACAGUUCCCUAAGUAGCAAAUCAAUUGUUUUGGAGAUUGAUAGUAAAUCUCAACAAGUAAAUGCAAGUGCACUUAGGCGUUCCUUGCAGGAUCGACUCAGUAAAAUUUCAAGUAAAAGUCACGAUGAAAUACAUUUGAAGCUUUGCACAAGUACAGCUCCACCACUGAAGUUAGUUGAUUUGCCUGGUGUGGAUAAAGGAAAUCUUGAUGAUUCACUGAACAAGUAUGUGGAGCGCAAUGAUGCAAUUCUGUUGGUUAUUAUACCUGCGAAGCAGGCACCGGAAAUAUCUUCUGCUAGAGCAUUGAGAAUUGCAAAGGAAGUAGAUGGGGAAAGUACCAGGACGAUUGGUGUAAUUAGUAAAAUAGACCAAGCCGCUUCAGAUCAAAAAGUUCUUGCAGCUGUCCAGGCUCUCCUACUGAAUCAAGGACCAAGUAGUACAACUGAUAUUCCAUGGGUUGCGUUGAUCGGUCAAUCUGUGUCUAUAGCAUCAGCACAGUCAGGCAAUGUCGGAUCUGAUGAUUCAUUAGAAACAGCUUGGCGUGCUGAGACUGAAAGCCUAAAAUCCAUAUUAACUGGUGCCCCUCAAAGCAAGCUUGGCAGAUUAGCUUUGGUUGAGACUCUGGCCCACCAGAUACGUAACCGCAUGAAAAUCAGGCUCCCAAAUCUCCUAUCUGGGCUUCAGGGCAAGUCACAGGUAGUACAGGGUGAAUUGGUAAGGCUUGGUGAACAAAUGGUUACUAGUUCUGAAGGCACAAAGGCUUUAGCUUUAGAGCUUUGCCGUGAAUUUGAGGACAGAUUCCUGCAACAUAUUACAACUGGUGAGGGAAAUGGAUGGAAAGUUGUUGGUUGUUUUGAGGGAAGCUUCCCUAACAGAAUCAAGCAGCUUCCUUUGGACAAACAUUUUGACAUGAACAAUGUCAAGAGGGUUGUUCUAGAAGCAGAUGGUUAUCAGCCCUACCUUAUAUCUCCUGAAAAAGGUUUAAGGUCAUUAAUAAAGGGUGUUUUAGAACUGGCUAAAGAACCAUCCCGCCUUUGUGUUGAUGAGGUGCAUCGUGUACUAGUGGAUAUAGUUUCAGCUUCUGCAAAUGCUACCCCAGGACUUGGAAGGUACCCUCCUUUUAAGAGAGAGGUUGUGGCAAUUGCUACUACAGCACUUGAGGGUUUCAAAAUUGAAUCAAAGAACAUGGUUGUUGCGCUUGUUGACAUGGAGCGUGCAUUCGUCCCACCACAACACUUCAUUCGUCUUUUGCAAAGGAGGAUGGAGAGGCAGAGGCGUGAAGACGAGCUAAAGUAUCGGUCUUCUAAGAAGGCGGUUGAUGCAGAGCAGUCCAUAUUAAGCAGAGCGACUAGCCCUCAAACAGGUCAGCAGCAAUCUGGGGGAACCUUAAAAUCAAUGAAGGAUAAAUCAGGCCAGUCAGAAAAGGAUCCACAAGAGGGACCAGUAUUGAAAACUGCUGGCCCCGAAGGGGAGAUAACAGCAGGGUUUCUAUUGAAGAAGAGUGGAAAAGCCAGUGGGUGGAGUAAGAGAUGGUUUGUUUUGAACGAAAAGACGGGAAAGCUUGGGUACACUAAAAAACAAGAGGAACGACACUUCCGCGGAGUCAUUACUUUGGAGGACUGUGUUAUCGACGAUGCUUCUGAGGAAGAAGCAGCCCCAUCAAAAAGCUCCAAGGAUAAAAAAGCUAGUGGCCCAGAUGCUGAAACACCCAAUCUUGUAUUCAAGAUAACCAACAAAGUUGCAUACAAGACUGUGUUAAAAGCUCAAAGUGAUGUAGUAUUGAAAGCCGAGAGUAUGGCAGAGAAGGUUGAGUGGUUGAAGAAAUUAAGAAAUGUGAUUGGUGCUAAGGGAGGAAUAGUUAAGGGUGAAUUUAGUGUUCCGAUGCGGCAAAGUCACUCUGAUGGUUCUCUUGAUGGAAUGUCCAGAAAACCUGCAGAUCCGGAAGAGGAGCUUAGAUGGAUGUCUCAAGAAGUUCGUGGUUAUGUUGAAGCUGUACUGAAUAGUCUUGCUGCCAAUGUUCCAAAAGCUGUUGUUCUUUGCCAAGUGGAGAAAGCUAAAGAAGAUAUGCUCAACAAGUUGUACAGUUCUAUCAGUUCCCAGAGCAAUGCAAAAGUUGAAGAACUGCUGAUGGAGGACAAGAAUGUAAAACAAAAGAGGGAGCGUUAUCAGAAACAAUCCUCACUGCUUUCCAAGCUUACGCGGAAACUUAGCGUUCAUGAUAACCGAGCAGCUGCAGCCUCCACUAUGUCAGAUGAUACAUCAGAAAGCAGUGCAAUGACCAGUGGGUCCUCGUCAUCGGAUGAUUGGAGAUCUGCUUUUGAUUCAGCUGGCAAUGCCAGAUCAGACUCCUUUGGUAAUGGCCACAGUCGUCGAUACAGUGAUCCUUCCCAAAAUGAAGCAGGAUCGGGCUCAAAUUUUAGUGGUCGGAGGACACCAAAUCGAUUGCCACCUGCACCGCCCUCAUCUGGUUCUGCUUAUAGAUAUUAGAUUAUACAUCAUAAUAAUUCUAAUUCAUGCAUUCUUGCAGGCUAGGUGUUUCCUGCUCUUUGUUGGGUUCCUUUUGAACUCAUACAAUGCUCUAGUAGCCUAGUAGGCUUUGUAGAAGACUUACCACGCCUUGUAUAUAUACCUCGCAAUGUAGUAUCAUGGGCCUUAUGUCUGCGGUUUUUUGGUUCCCCACAGCGUAGCAGCAGCACCUAAUUUGCACCCUGGGCUUAGGAUCGGAACAGGACAUAGAUUUUGCGGAUUGCGACAUCACCUGUAUAACGGUGGAAAAGCAAUUCAAUUUUUGCAAAUUAUUAUUUUACCUGUGCUCCAGCAAGUGCUUUUACUAUGUAAUGACAUAGCACAUAGUUACAUAAACAAAAAGUAGUUAUCUAUUUAGUUUUUUUUUGACAAAAGUUAUCUAUUUAGUUAAUAUCUGGAUUCCACUUAAAUUUGGUCAAUAUAUUACAAACCAACCACCGGAUGCAGUAUAUCUAAUUUUUCUAUUUUAUACAAAAAGAAAAUAUUGUUGUCGCAAUAAUUUACAUGAAAGUAACUGUGCUGGGCGUUGAUGUUUUUGAGUUA